GAAGCCUCUGUGUCUCCCGAGCGACUCGUCGCGCUCCCUCCCGUCUUCUCUCCGCUCCGUCCCCCGCCAACCGCCACCAUUGACGCCAUGUCGGGUUACUCGAGCGACCGGGACCGCGGCCGGGAUCGAGGGUUUGGUGCGCCCCGGUUUGGAGGAAGCAGGGCCGGGCCGCUGUCUGGAAAGAAAUUUGGAAACCCCGGGGAGAAGCUCGUUAAAAAGAAGUGGAACCUGGAUGAGCUGCCCAAAUUCGAGAAGAACUUCUAUCAAGAGCACCCUGACCUGGCUAGGCGGACGGCGCAAGAGGUGGAGACAUACAGAAGAAGCAAGGAAGUUACAGUAAGAGGACACAACUGCCCCAAACCAGUUUUGAAUUUUUAUGAAGCAAAUUUCCCUGCAAAUGUCAUGGAUGUGAUUGCAAGACAGAAUUUUACUGAACCCACUGCUAUUCAAGCUCAGGGAUGGCCAGUUGCUCUAAGUGGAUUGGACAUGGUUGGAGUGGCACAGACUGGAUCUGGGAAAACAUUAUCUUAUUUGCUGCCUGCCAUUGUCCACAUCAAUCACCAGCCGUUUCUAGAGAGAGGUGAUGGGCCUAUUUGUUUGGUGCUGGCACCAACUCGGGAACUGGCUCAACAGGUGCAGCAGGUAGCUGCUGAAUACUGUAGAGCAUGCCGACUGAAGUCUACUUGUAUCUAUGGUGGUGCACCCAAGGGACCACAAAUCCGUGAUUUGGAGAGAGGUGUGGAGAUUUGCAUUGCAACACCUGGGAGACUGAUCGAUUUCUUAGAGUGUGGGAAAACAAAUCUGAGAAGAACAACCUAUCUUGUCCUUGAUGAAGCAGAUAGAAUGCUUGAUAUGGGCUUUGAACCCCAAAUAAGGAAGAUUGUGGAUCAGAUAAGACCCGAUAGACAAACCCUAAUGUGGAGUGCAACUUGGCCAAAAGAAGUAAGACAGCUUGCUGAAGAUUUCCUGAAAGACUAUAUUCAUAUAAACAUUGGUGCACUGGAACUGAGUGCAAACCAUAACAUUCUUCAGAUUGUUGAUGUCUGUCAUGAUGUGGAAAAGGAUGAAAAACUAAUUCGUCUAAUGGAAGAGAUCAUGAGUGAGAAGGAGAACAAAACCAUCGUUUUUGUUGAAACCAAAAGAAGAUGUGAUGAACUUACUAGAAAAAUGAGGAGAGAUGGGUGGCCUGCCAUGGGUAUCCAUGGUGACAAGAGUCAACAGGAACGUGACUGGGUUCUAAAUGAAUUCAAACAUGGAAAAGCUCCUAUUCUGAUUGCUACAGAUGUGGCUUCCAGAGGGCUAGAUGUGGAAGAUGUGAAAUUUGUCAUCAAUUAUGACUACCCUAACUCCUCAGAGGAUUAUAUUCACCGAAUUGGAAGAACUGCUCGCAGUACCAAAACAGGCACAGCAUACACUUUCUUUACACCUAAUAACAUAAAGCAAGUGAGCGACCUUAUCUCUGUGCUUCGUGAAGCUAAUCAAGCAAUUAAUCCCAAAUUGCUUCAGUUGGUCGAAGACAGAGGUUCAGGUCGUUCCCGGGGUAGAGGAGGCAUGAAAGAUGACCGUCGGGACAGAUACUCUGCGGGCAAAAGGGGUGGAUUUAAUACCUUUAGAGACAGGGAAAAUUAUGACAGAGGUUAUUCUAGUCUCCUUAAGAGAGAUUUUGGGGCAAAAACUCAGAAUGGUGUUUACAGUGCUGCAAAUUACGCCAAUGGGAGCUUUGGAAGUAAUUUUGUGUCUGCUGGUAUACAGACCAGUUUUAGGACUGGUAAUCCAACUGGGACUUACCAGAAUGGUUAUGAUAGCACUCAGCAAUAUGGAAGUAAUGUUCCAAAUAUGCACAAUGGUAUGAACCAACAGGCAUAUGCAUAUCCUGCUACUGCAGCUGCACCUAUGAUUGGUUAUCCAAUGCCAACAGGAUAUUCCCAAUAAGACUUUAGAAGUAUAUGUAAAAUGUCUUUUUCAUAAUUGCUCUUUAUAUUGUGUGUUAUCAGACAGGAUAUAGUUAUUUAAGAAACAUGGAAAAUGCAGAAAUGACUGCAGUGCAGCAGUAAUUAUGGUGCACUUUUUCGCUAUUUAAGUUGGAUAUUUCUCUACAUUCCUGAAACAAUUUUUAGGUUUUUUUUGUACUAGAAAAUGCAGGCAGUGUUUUCACAAAAGUAAAUGUACAGUGAUUUGAAAUACAAUAAAUGAAGGCGAUGCAUGGCCUUCCAAUAAAAAAUAUUUGACGACUGAAUUAGUGGAAAUUGUACUUUAUUUUACAUAUGUCAUGUAAAACUUUAGGUGGUCCGUUCUUUUUAUCUAAAUUUGUACAACAUGCUUUAAUUUUGGGAAUUGGUGAGAUCAGAAGGCCCAUUUUACAAGUUAAAAUGGAAUUGAUUAAGAUAAUUUUAUAAUUCUAUGCUAAAUUAGAGGCCUUUUGUCAGUACCUCCCAAUAUCAGGUGAGUCUUACAUAGUGUCAGCAGAAUGGUGAAGUGAGUACAAUGAAAAACAGGAAAUAGCCUCACCCUCAAAUUUAGAGAACAUGACUUCCUUUUGCAAGACUUGUUUUUUCAAAUUCAUGCUCUUGGCUCUUGUGAACUGCUGACAUGUUGAGCCAAAGUUAGAUGAUAGUAGCCAAGUUGGAAAUUCAUCUAUUAGUGCACAUUAUAUGUGGAUUCUAGUCUUAAGCUUCAUGGGACUCUUGACUAGUCACUCUGAGUCAUGAAUGUCUCUUCAAUAAUUCAGGGAAUCAUAGAAAACUUAAAACUGGAUUUCAGGUUAAUCCAGGGGGGAAAGUCCUUGUCAUUAGUAGUUAAUCAAGAGGGAGCAACUUAACCAAAAAAGCACAGUGACAGUACAAGGUUAGGGUCAGCAUGGGCUUUUAUUGCUAGAAAGAUCCAGGGAGUUUUAAAAGAUGGCCUCGCCAACCUUUCCAAUCCUUGAUUUCAAUAAUGGCUUAGCAGUGUAGAUAGGAAUGUUUUCCCAGAGAGUUUGGUUAGUAAAAUAGUAAACUUUUUGCCAGGAGUGAAAGUCUUUUAGAAAGACUUGGUUAAAGUCAGAUCAUUAAAUUGAGGCUUUAAUUGGUGUUAAUGGCCUUAUCUAAAAAUGUAAACCUAUAUGCUUUUGGGGGGGGGGUGUAUAUUUUUAGGACUAAUACAUUGAAAGCCGGUUCAACCUCCAAUAACGAACUGUUUUCAAUAGCAUGGUUAGUCAAAUUCAUUAUGACUUAACUUAUAAAAAGCUUUUGGGGUAGGUUGGAGCAUUUAUUACAUAUUUUACUGUUCAGUGUCUUAACGUGGGCAUUUUAAUUUGUAAAACUGAUUGUGGGGCUGUGAAAAACAUUUACCUAUUUACCUUUGAAGUAAGUUUUGAAAGACAGUCCACUUUUUAGCAUGUGUGUUGUGUCCAGCCUGUGGUUGUCUUAACUAAUAAAUGUGAUUUUUCUCCCCA